AAGAAAUUUCUAUGAAAUUAUUCCCUUUAUAAGAAAAAAACAAGACACUCUACUCUGGAAACGUCUCAUGGUUUCAUAAUUGUAGGACUAUGGAAGCUGAUGCAUCCCAAUUUUGAAUUUUGUCUCUAUUUCUUUAUAAACCCUACUAACUUGGGGCUGUCACAGGGAGAAAUUUCCACCCAAUUUCUCUCUGAGUCACCCCAGGUGAAAAAUGAUUCACAACAUUCUUGGCACAUUGUUUUCAGCUGCUACAAAACAGUCAAUUUCAUUCAGGGGUAAUUUGUUACUUCUUGAUUGGCUGUGUCCAAUGGAACUAGUGUGCUUGGGACUAGUAAGAGGAAGGAAGCUUUAAAAGUUGGCCCCCAGACCCCACGUUGUGGGAUUUCACUGGGUUGUUAUUGUUGUUGUUGUUGUAUCCACAUUGCAGUUGGCAAUCUUGUAGCAUUUUAUGUAUUGAAGAACACUUUAAAUCAUUGUGAUAAAAUGGCCGGGGGAAGUGAACCACGCCAAAGUGACAAACCUUCAAUUAGAUACAGGCGUAAUCUACUUGAGGGAGCACUGUUUGAAUUCUCUGAUUUUGACCGAGAAAGUAAUGCCACUACUUCUUAUGGAAAUAAGGAGAACCCGAAAAAUUCAGACUCUGAAUCUUCUGAGAUGAUGAGCACAAGUGAGCUCAUAUCGGCAGUUGGAAGUAUAUGGGAUUCUGCAGCUCGCCCUCUUGCAAGAAUCCUAUCUAAAGCAAGUUCUAGAUGCAAUAACACCGAUCACCAAGAAAACAGCAUAUUUGGUUACUCCACCACAGAUAAAAUUUCUGGUGUUUGUUUUUCAACUCACGAUCACUCAAUAACUGUCAAUGUGGAUAAUGAUACAGAUUCUUCUCCUCUGCUGCUUACAAAUGUGGAACGACUCACAGCGAACCAGAAAGUCUCAUUCUUUGGUCCUCUUUUAGGAAGUUCUCCUCUGCAGAGUCUCCUCCAUGACAGAUCUACCAUGCAUCCAGAAACUCGGAAAGCAAAAGAUUUCGCCAAUUAUUUACAGACUGUGUAUGGUUGGAUGCAUGAAGCAUCCUUACUGAAAUUUAAGCAUCAAUUAAAUUGUGCUAGUAUUGGACGCCAUGAAAGCAGAGAAUGUACCAUAGAAGACACGACAAACAGUCCUUUAAGUUGCUGGUCAGUUGUGGAUAGAGUAAAUGAUUGCCAGACUGACAGGGAAGAACCAGCUGGUUCAUUAUUAAGCCAGACCGCAAAGCAUGAUGAGAUCGACAGGGUGUCAACCGGCACUUCAUCUCUAAGGCACUAUAAUGAGGUUUUUCAUGACAAAAAGUCAACCACGCUGGAGAUUCCAUGUUCUGAAAAUGAGUCAUUCUUCCAAGAGUACUCUGUCCCUCCAACUUGUUCUGCUAGUGUAGAUGACAAAAUUAAUGCUAAGGAUCACAUAUAUGAUUCUACCAUCAAUGAAAAAGUAGAACUGGAGGAAGAGUUCAGUUCUGAAGUACAGAUCUCUGUGGAAAAGGAAAAGCCUCGUUAUGCACUUGCAAAACAAGAGCAUGCUUUUGCAGGAGCGAUGGCUGGAAUUUUUGUCAGCCUUUGUCUUCAUCCAGUUGACACAAUCAAGACUGUUAUUCAGUCAUGUCCCAAUGAUCAGAAGCCACUUUAUUAUAUAGGCAAAUCAUUUAUUUCCGAAAGAGGAGUAACAGCACUUUAUCGGGGAAUUUCUACCAAUCUUGCUUCGUCUGCACCAAUAUCUGCACUUUACACCUUUACAUACGAAUCAGUGAAAGGGGCCUUGCUUCCUCUUUUUCCUAAGGAAUAUCACUCUUUUGCACACUGCUUGGCAGGGGGUUGUGCAAGCAUUGCCACUUCAUUCAUUUUCACCCCUAGUGAGCGCAUAAAGCAACAGAUGCAAGUGGGCUCCCACUAUAAAAACUGCUGGAAUGCCUUAAUUAUGAUUAUAAGAAGUGGUGGUUUGCCUUCGCUAUAUGCUGGAUGGAAAGCUGUACUCUGGAGGAAUAUUCCACACUCAAUCAUUAAGUUCUAUACAUAUGAAAGAUUGAAGGAGUUGAGGUUGUCAUCAGUUCAACUGCGCAACCAAAAUGACACACUAAUGACGCUUGCCUGUGGAGGAUUAGCUGGCUCUACUGCUGCACUAUUCACAACUCCCUUCGAUGUUGUCAAGACAAGAUUACAGAUACAGAUUCCUGGAUCUACGACUCAGUUUGGUGUAUUCAGCACACUUCAAGAAAUUGCAAAACGUGAAGGUUUGAAGGGUCUCUACAGGGGCUUGAGUCCUAGAUUGAUCAUGUAUAUGACCCAGGGAGCACUUUUCUUUGCAUCUUAUGAAUCCUUCAAGAGGGUAUUUUCUUUGGAUACCCCGCAGACUAAAACAGAAACGGUUCCAUAUGAACACAAGGAAGAUGAUCGCGUGACGUUGCCUUCACAAAGCUAACAAAGGAAACAUCAGUUCAAGGUAGUGUAUCUUUGCAGCAAUAUUUGCGCUGGAGCACCAAACAGAUGAUGAAGGAAACUAAGUGUUAAUAGAAACAUGCAGGUCGAUUAUCCAUCGAGUUUUGAGCUGUGUUCAGCUAGCCCUCGGGGAUUUCUUGGUCAUUUUCUUGAAGUGUUUGAAAAUGAGAGGGCAAAUUGGAGAGGAUAGAUUUGUAGUAUGAUUGUAAAUUUGAUAUUAACAUUAAUAUAGGUGCCCCAUCUUAUCUGGAAUUGAGGUUUAGUUGAUUAAUUGAUUGACUUAGGUGAGUUUGCAAUAAUGUAAUUUUUUAAAAGAAAUAUCUCUUCUUUCCUUGUUGGUUACCAUAAACAUUGAUAAAAAGUGCAAUUAACAAAUACUUUUCCAACAAUGACGAUAGAAACAACAUCAUACCCA